UGAAUUCAGUGUCAGGACCCUUGUUUGGGCAAAACACCAGUUGACACCCAAAAACCGAAAUAUACAACUCUACCAAUAAACUCUAAAAUACCAUUUAAGAUGGAGGAUAUUACACAAGAGGAGCACGUCCUGAUCCUUGACACCUUCCGCAUUUUGGACAAGGAGAACGAGGGCGCUAUAACUUCUAAAGAGAUGGCGGUGGUGAUUCGCGCCCUGGGUCGCCAGCCCAACGACGCCGAGGUUCAGUCCAUGAUCAAUGAGGUCGACUCGGAGGGAAACGGAUCCAUCGAGGCUCCGGAGUUCUGCAACGUGAUACUGCGCAAGAUGCGCGACACGAACCACGAGGACGAGCUGCGCGAAGCUUUUAGGAUUUUCGACAAGGAGAACAACGGCUACAUUACCUCCACCGAGUUAAAAAAUGUGUUCACUGCGCUGGGCGUGAAGCCUAGCGACGAAGAGUUGGAAGAAAUGAUACGAGAGUACGAUCUGGAUCAGGACAAUCACAUCAAUUACGAGGAGUUUGUUAACAUGAUGACAAUGCGAUAAUAGCCUCCAUGAGUUCACACCAAAAAACAAAAACUCCUACACACAAAAUUAAACAAAUUACUUUUGAAACAAUGAGCAGUUUGACCGAAGCCCAGAUUGAAGAGAUCCGAGAAGCAUUCAGUCUGUAUGAUACGGGAAAGUCAGGAUGG